AUGAAAAGGAUGGAUGAAUAGGAAGGACGCUCAGAACCACGGCUCCACUGUUCGAGGCAUGCACCCCCCUCCCACUCUCUCCUCCGGUAGUCACGCUCCCGCACAGACGACAUUAAAGCUCCGCAUAUCGCCCCUCUUUUCCAGUGCCCGCCAGUUGUAAUGCAGCUCUCUUUUUUUUCUUGCACCGAAAAAGGCCGACCUGUCCUGAAGCUCAUUUGACCAUUGUCCCAUUGAGCUAUAUUACAGUACCUUUUUUUAAUUAGGCUUGGAGAAAAGAAGACAUAUCUAUUUUAUAUACCACACAAAACCUCCCCUGUCAUAAUCUUUUUUUUUAUCCUCUGCAAAGAUAUGCCCAAUUCGCCACCAAGCACGCCUCACUCUUUUCACAGUCAGACGCAGCAGGAGUUAACUCCAUCCGGCAUCACCAAUGGAGCGCUUCCUCAACAUUAUCCCAAAUCGGCACGUGCAACCGGCGAAAGCAUGGCCUGCCUUGUGGGAGCUUCUUUAACCGCGGUCGGAGACGCUGUCUAUGUAUUUGGCGGCUUUGAUCGAUACAGCGAUGAAGUCUUCAAUAAUUUGUACAAGUUAACGCGCAGGGACCAGCAUCAGUACGAAUGGCAGUGCAUGUACUAUAUAAAAGAAAAAGCACCUUCCAAACGCAACGAUCACUCGGCAACACUGUGGCGAAAAGAUAAACUUAUCAUCUAUGGCGGAACAGGCGAAGACGAAGAAGAAUAUUAUGCCGAUAUCAUUGUGCUCGAUCUGCAGACCAUGACAUGGAUCCAUCCCACCACAACAGGCUAUCAACCUGAAGGAAGGGUCAAGCAUUCGGCGACAAUCUAUGACGACAAGCUCUACAUCGCAGGAGGUCUGACCCGACAUAAUCAAUACGCAGAAACUCUUUUGAUUUUGGAUUUGAUCACUUGGGAAUGGCAGAAGCCCAUCCCCUUUGUGUGCUGUUUUCAGCAUAUUACCUUUAUGUACAAUGGACGGCUGUAUCUGUUUGGUGGAUUUCACGUGGACAUGAGCCGGUCCAACCACUUGUCAUUUAUCGACAUGGAUCGACACACCGUCACGCAUUUGGAAAUUGAUUCAUCGUCGGCUCCACCGCUGGCGGGGCAGCGGUUCUCUCAGAUAUGCGGGGAUCAGUUGGUCGUCCUUGUCACGGAUCCGGUAUCGCAAGCCUCUGCAGAGACAAAGAUGACCACCGGUGUUUGGCAUCUCGAUUUACCAUCGAUGCAAUGGCAAUACCAUGACAUACCUACCCGUUGUGAAAAUCAACAUUGGCACUACUUUGCCAUGGCCGAACAUGAUACCUUCUUUUAUCUCUUUGGCGCUGACGACGAUGAUCCCGACGAGUAUUAUUCUGUCGUGUUACGCAUGGAUCUCAAAGAGUAUGGCAUUGUCCCUGUCCCACCUCCGCAGCUGGGUUCGGAUUUGGUGGGACUUCUGUUCCAGCAGUCCGCGUUUGGGCAACAGACGGCCGAUUUCUCUAUUCAUUCAACGAUUGAGCCCGAGCGCGGGGAAAUUCGUGUUCAUCGACUGGUCAUGGUGGCGCGAUGGCCACAUUUUACCCAUCUCCUCGAUUCUGGUAUGGUGGAAUCCUUGAACAGUUCCUUGACCCUUCCUGAACCUUUUUCGGUUUUGGAAGCGUUUGUUCGAUUUCUUUACACCGACACGUUGGAUGAAUCGUUAUCGACGGACCUUGUAUCAGAUUUGCUUGUCAUGGCUAAUCUGUACCAGUUACCUCGUUUAUUAGCAUUAUGCGUUCGACGUUUGCACAGUGGGAUUGAUGUUGAAGUGUACUUUGGGCAAGUUUGUCGCACAGCAGGAUACCGCGAUUUACCAUUGUCGAUCAUGUAUGAUAUCUUGGAUGAAUUACCGCAAAAUGCGGCCAUCCACGUCCGUGCGCGCGAUGACCACCUACUUCAUUAUUGUAACGGAGACUCUACAAGUCAAGCUCUCGCCAUGGAGUUGGCAGCAUCUGUGGAAGAUCAAAGCAUGCCAAUGGAAGUAUAACCUGCAGAAAACGUGUCUGAGAAAAAAAAGAAGCUUUACUGAUCUGAAUAUAUUGUUGUUAAUGUUUUCUCCCCAAAAGCUAU